AUGGUCAUCAAAGGAGUUUCAAUGAUCGAACUGAAUAAAGUACAACCAAAAACACUGUCUGAAAUAGUAGAAUCACCGUACAACAAGUUUAUCGUAAAGUUUGGGGCUGGAUGGUGCGGACCUUGCCGUAAUUUUAAAACUUUUAUUCAAAAAACUUCAUUUACUCCAAGAAUCAACACUGCCAUCUACUCAAUUCAACUAGAUGACAAAGAUCAAAAAGAUGCAGCUGAUGGAUUAAGACAGUUUUUUGCAUUUAAAUCGAUUCCAUACUGUGUUGUAACCGAUAAAUCAUUUAAAAUCAUAGAUUCACUUUCUGGAUUUAGUGAAGCUGAAUUUAUGAAAAUGUUUAAUAAGCAUUUUUGUUGA